AUGGAAUUCGCUCCAUCGCCAUCAGAGACUCUGUCUGCGCCUGAAACCGACGUGACUGCUGGCCCCGCUGUCGCCGAGGCUGAACAGGUUGUCCAGGGGGAUCAGACGCCCCAGGCACAGGAGCCGCAGGCGGAGUUGCAGCAGGAACAGGAGAUCCCAAGCGAACACCCUGAGCAGUCAGCGCCCGUCAUGGUGAACAUAGAGGAACCGGCUUCUGAUCACGCACCCAGCCGUGCUGCCUUCAAUAAUGGCUAUAACAGCGACUCCAAGGCGCAUUACCACACCCGGUCGACCGACUUCCAUCAAUCUGCCCCCGAAUACGCUGCCCAAGAUACAGACCAGUCCCGCCAAAACUCAUCUCCAUCACUCAGUCAUCACCCCCUACCUGUUCCCAACUCCAGACCCGGGUCGGGGCUCUCCAGUGGCGCCGAACGCUCUGGUCCCUCUCAUCAGCAACAGCAGCAACAGCAGCAGCAACAACAAGAUCUCGGCCAGCGACAAGCGGCGCAGGCAAACAAGAACAGCGUUGUGAUCAAGGUGGGAAUGGUGGGAGAUGCACAGAUCGGAAAGACCAGUUUGAUGGUGAAAUACGUUGAGGGCAGUUGGGAUGAAGAUUAUAUCCAAACUCUGGGCGUCAACUUUAUGGAGAAAACCAUCUCUAUUCGCAACACCGAGAUCACCUUUUCUAUUUGGGAUCUUGGUGGUCAGCGCGAGUUUGUUAAUAUGUUACCCCUUGUUUGCAACGACGCCGUCGCAAUCCUAUUCAUGUUCGAUCUCACCCGCAAGAGUACCUUGAACUCAAUUAAGGAGUGGUACCGUCAAGGUCGUGGCUUUAAUAAGACCGCCAUCCCCUUCCUGGUUGGCACCAAGUAUGAUCAUUUCGUCAAUUUCCCCCGCGAAGAUCAAGAAGAGAUCUCCAUCCAGGCAAAGAGAUUUGCCAAGGCGAUGAAGGCUAGUCUCAUCUUCAGCAGCACUAGCCACAGCAUCAACGUGCAAAAGAUCUUCAAGAUUGUUCUGGCCAAAGCCUUCGACCUGAAGUGUACCAUCCCUGAGAUCGAGAAUGUGGGAGAGCCCCUGCUCCUCUACAAAAAUGUUUAA